GCGUUUAGGGUUUAUGGAUGAGAGCGGUCCAGCGGCUAGAAAGCCACGACGAAUGCUGGCGAUGGCGGAGGUUUUUCAAGGAUCCUUCUCUCUGGCGGGACUACCGGCAAUGCAAGGAAGAACCGAGCUCUCCAGAUUUCGUCCACGAAAGCACUGGAGAGGCGCUAUGGAUCGACCGGAGUUCGUGCUGGCUAGAGCUCAAACUCAGCAAUUUGGAGGGAUUUUCUGGAGCUGGGACGAGAGCGCGGUACAAAAGAAAUGAUCAACAAAGCUCCGGCGAUGGUGCUGCUCAGAAAAAUGCCACUCUCGCCGCGACGCUCUCGUCGAUCAUCACCAAGGUGGAGGGAAGAACAGAAGCUCUAGAACUCUACGAGAGAGCGCGAAGAGAUGGAAGAGUUCCUCCGGUGUCCGUGUCCCUGGCGGCAUUGAAGUCGUGCAUUGGCAGCAAGGACUUGACAACUGGGAGGAGGAUUCACUCGGAGGUGGCCGACAACCAGCAAGAACUACACACUCACGUCGCCAACACGCUGGUGGAUAUGUACGCGAAGUGUGGAAGCAUGGCCGAGGCGCGGCGAGUUUUCGAUGCGAUCAAGCUCCACAGCGUGGUUUCAUGGAACGCGAUCAUCAUGGGAUACGCUUCCAACGGCGAUGGAGCACAGGCACUCGAGCUUUUCUCUGCCAUGCAACGCAAAGGCUUCGUUCCCGACUCGAGGAUCUUCAUCGCUGCGCUUAAGGCCUGCACGGACUUGGCCACCAAAGAAGAAGGGACGCUGGUUGGCGAGAAGAUGAUCAAGCUCGAGUGCCUGGAAAGAGGGAGAGAGAUUCACUUGGAGCUUGCAAAGCGAGGACAUGAAGGUGAUCUCUACGUCGCGAGCACGCUGGUGGACUUCUACGCGAAAUGUGGCAGCAUGGCGGACGCACGCAAAGUUUUCGACAAGAUGGAACGCUACGACGUCGUCUCGUGGACCGCAAUGAUCCUCGGCUAUGCUGCGAGUGGCCAAGGGGAGCUCGGUUUGGAGCUCUACUCGCGGAUGCUACGCGAAGGCUUUAAACCCGACUCGAGGAUCUUCGUGGCGGCAGUGAAAGCUUGCGGCAGCGUAGCUUCUCAAGACGAGAGGAUGGAUUGGCAGAAGAAGUGGCUGGAGAAAGGGGUGGCGAUUCACGCUCAAGUGGCAAAGGCUGGCUGUGAGAACAACAUUUACGUUGCUGCAAGCUUGGUGGACAUGUACGCCAAGUGUGGAAGCCUGGAAAACGCUCGCCGGGUGUUUGAGAGAGUUCGUCAGCGCAACGUCGUUCACUGGAACUCCAUCAUCGCGGCUUACGCUCAAGGCGGACAGGAAGAGGUGGCUAUGGAGCUCUACGAAAGUAUGAAGGCUCAAGGCUUCGUUUCAGACGCUCGGACAACGGUGGUUACUCUCGCAGCGUGCGCUGCUCUAGCAGGAAAAGAGGAAGGGAAAGAAUCCGGUGGAGUGAUCAUCAAAGGUACGAGCUUGGAGAAAGGAAGAGCUCUUCACUUGGAAGCCGUGAAGAACAGGCACGACAAAGACGUAUAUGUGGCGAGCACCUUGGUGGAUUUCUAUGCCAAGUGUGGCUGUAUGGCGGAUGCAAGGCAAGUUUUUGACGAGAUGGAGCAGCACAGCUCGGCUUCCUGGCAGGCAAUUAUCUCGGGGUAUGCUCACAACGGAAAAGAAGACACGGCCUUGGAGCUCUUCGAGCGUAUGAAGGCCAAAGGUGGCGUGGUUCCGAGUGGUCGGCAUUACAUUGCUGCGAUCAAGGCUUGCGGAGGCCUUGCGGCCCUGGAAGUUGGGAGGAAGACCCACGAAGAGAUCCGGGAGGCUGGAUACGAGGACGACAUCAUGGUGACGAACUCGUUGAUCCAUUUUUAUGGGAAAUGCGGGGCCAUGGCGAGCGCUCAAGAGGUUUUCGACAAGGCUCGUACGAAGAGCUUGGUCACUUGGAAUGCCUUGAUAGCUGGGUACACUCACCAGGGAGACACGGCGAAAACUUUCGAGCUCUUCGAAGGGAUGGAGAAGGAAAAGGUGCUGCCAAACGAGAUAACUUUCCUUCACGUCCUCAACGCUUGCACUCACGCCGGGCUUGUGGAGAAGGGAAAGGAAAUUUUCGAGGCCAUGCGCGAGAAGUUUUCUCCGGCUCGAGAGCACUAUACGUGCAUGGUGGAUCUUCUGGGACGAGCAAACCACUUGGAGGAGGCGCUGGCUAUGGUGAAAAGCAUGCCUUUUAAGCCGGAUCCAGCGCUGUGGAGGGCAGUUCUGGGGGCUUGUCAGAAGUGGAGCAACGCAAAAGUUGGGAGGAUUGCCUUUGAGUCUUUGCUGGAGCUCGACGAGGGAGACGCGACGGCGUACGUGCUCCUGGCCAACAUAUACAGUGGUGCUAAAAUGUUGGACGAGAGUGCCAAGAUACAAACCAUGAGAAGAAGUCGUGGUGCUUCUUGAGGUAUAAGUUCGUUUUUUUCUCUCAACUCGUUGG